CAAGCAGCCCUCAGUGCCAGUGAGCUUUAGCAACUGGAAAAGUCGGGCAGAUUCCGAGUAGCGUCCUGUAACUGAAUCUCCGUUAACUUUCUGCGCUUCAAAGUUCCGAUAUUUCGUGAUGGAGUUGCAUCAAAUAUCGGGUUCCAUCGCCUUCAAAUUUGGUCAUGCCCCGAGACAUGCCGUCAUUCGAAUGACCGGUACACCGGAGUUCAAUUCUCGGAACCGGAUGUUUAUUGCGGGGAUGGGUUUCGUCGGCCAGGUGUUGGCGCAAGACCUCAAGAACCAAGGAUGGGCUGUCUCUGGGACUUGUACGAGCAGUAUCAAGAAGAAGAAGCUUGAGGAAGAAAGGGGCUUUGAUAUCUACCUUUUUGAUGCAAACCAGCCAGAUGUGACCAGCACCCUAGAAAUUAUCAAGGACCAUACCCACCUGCUUGUCUCCAUCCCUCCAGUUCCUGGUAUCGGAGACCCGAUACUGCAGAAUGAACUUAGUCUGAGGAGAGCACUUAUGGGUGGAAAUCUUCAAUGGAUUUGUUAUUUGUCAUCAACUAGUGUAUAUGGAGACUCAGGCGGUGCAUGGGUGGAUGAGGAUUAUCCCCCCAACCCCACAAGUGAUGUGGGUAGAUUAAGGUUAGCUGCUGAGGAGGGAUGGUUAAAUUUGGGCCAGAGUCUGGGCAUCUCAACAAAAGUUUUUCGGCUUGGAGGCAUCUAUGGUCCUGGUAGAAGUGCUGUUGAUACAAUAAUCAAGCGGAGAGCUUUAUCGGAAAGUCAGAGAAUGAGAGGAUAUAGGCGGUUCACAUCAAGAGUUAAUGUUCAGGACAUUUGUCAAGCCCUGAAGGCCAGUAUAUGCACAUCUUCCUCCAGGCGAGUUUAUAAUAUUGUUGAUGAUGAGCCAGCCCAAAGGGAAGAAGUAUUUGAGUAUGCAAGGGACUUGGUUGAGAAAAAGUGGCCUGGCUGGAUCAAACAUUCUUCUGAGGAAAAAGAGUCUUCGGUUAUUGUUAAGAAGGAGGGUUUAUCGGGUGAGAAGAGAGUCUCCAAUGCUCGUAUGAAGAAAGAGCUAGGUGUGAGGCUUCUUCAUCCAAGUUAUAGGUCAGGAUUGCAAAGCAUUAUUGACCAAAUGGAUAAACCCUUUUUAGCAGAGUAAUAAUGGAAACAUCUAGCUUGGGUUCCCACAAGUCAAGUCAAGUAAUGUGAGAUUAAUUAUGAAGGCCUGUUGUGCUCUUGGAGGCAUGCAUGCUGAUAUCCCCUUCGCCUGUGAUGCUGCGGAUAAUCAAAUUCCCUGUGAUUAAGGGAAAGAAAGAAGAGUUUGUUUGCCUUCCCAUCCCAUCCCAUGUAAUCUGUUUGGAUUUUUGUUGUAUUUUGGUGAAACUCGUUAGUGGAAAAUAGUUAUCUUCGAAAAUAGGCUUGUGUAAAUGUUUUAAUUGGGAUCAGUUGGGUUUGUGUUGUGUUGUAGUUGGUUUUUCCAAGUUAGUUGUGAAUGGGUGUCAUGGCAGAGAUCAGAUUCAUACCUAAGCCAUCAUCUCUGGUGAGGCCUGGCCUUUGUGGCCUUUGCUAUUGGA